GUAUAAACUAUUUGAUAGACGGGCUUGUUGCUCUCUAAUUGAGUUAUAACCAAUUUGAUUUUUCCAUCAAUUUUUGUGCAGGCUGUUCAGACAAAUAUAGGAGCAGUACAAAUGUAACUUCGAUGAGAUCGACAAUGAGUCGAUGACGCUCCAUUUCAGUCCUCGUCAUUCGUCAUAGUAUUUUGCCCAAAAUCAACAUCUUGCAUUAUUAUACUAAAGUGGAAGAAAACUAGAGAUGAUCACUGAUGCGCCGUAUUUUGAUUUGUGAAAAGAAAAUUUUGAAUUUCUUGGUGAUAUAUCAAAGCUCCUUUUUGAUUUUAUCGUGAUAUAAAUACGAGAUUUAUUAUGUAAACUGACACAAUAUCGAUAUUUCAUGUCUGGUAAUGAUUACGCCGACUGUAGAAAAUCUACAUAAAGGUGACAGGCAGAACGUGGCAAGUGUGAUAUUCACAUAACUGAAUCAGUCUCGUUUCUGUGCGCGUGCAUUAUGAAUGCUGAUUGGCGGACAGACUGAUCCUGUCGGCAAUAAAAAGAGCAAUGAGCGGGUAGAGGACAAGUUGAACUGCAAACUCAUAUUCAGCAAGAAUAGGAUAUUUAAUAGAUAGUGGAAAGAAAAGAUCAGAAAAGUUGUGAUGAAAAUGAAUUGUGCAAAAGAACUGUUCGCUCAAACUAAUCUGAACGAACGGUUUAUGGACGAUUUCACAACGUACAAUGGACGAAGGAAACGAAAAAAUAAUGGUAAUAUCCAUGAGACGAUCAUUCAAAGACACGCCGCCAAUAUGAGAGAGCGAAAACGAAUGCAAAGCAUUAACGAAGCUUUCGAAGGUCUUCGACAUCAUAUACCUACAUUACCCUACGAAAAAAGACUUUCCAAAGUAGAUACAUUACGUUUAGCUAUCGGUUACAUUGGAUUUCUUACUGAUAUUAUCAAUUCUGAUGUUCCACAAAACGAACGUUUUCGCAAUCAUCGCAGAUUUGAGCCAAAGAAAACAGUUAUGAUUCGACAUAGAAGCGCAGUUAUCAACAAUGAGGUUGGCUUGCCACCUUUACGAGGGCAUUCUCUAUCGUGGACUGACAAGUCAAAAUCGAAACAAAACACCACAAUGACAGGAAAAUUGUGGACUCCAGAGGAUCCACGCCAAAACAGUACUUGUCCAACGCUGUUUCAAUCGGAUUGUCACUAGCAAUGAUUUAAUUGGAUUGUCACCACCUUUGAAUCCAGUAACUAAUUGACUAAAAACAGACAGAGGCUCAAACAGCAAAAUUAGCGAAUAUGUUCAAAUAAAAAAAACGCAGGAUAUCUUUUUCGCACAUAGCUAGCUACAUAGAAAAAAUGAAAUCAAUAAAGUAUGAUUUGAUGAACCAUUGUGCGAAAUCGAUGCUUCAACUUUGCUAUUCUCUCACUUUAAAGAGCAUAUUGAAUCAACACACUUGGUUAACAGGUUCAUCGAAACAUUAGAACUUUAAAGAUAAAGGGGUUUUACAUAAAUCUGUCAUCACCUGCACGAUUUUCCAGGCGUUACUUCGAAAGUUUCAAGUGCCGAUUUUUUUUACCGAGUGUCACACUCCAAAGAAAGUAAAUCUUUUAAAAACAAAGAAUAAAUUUUUCAUCGAUUAUCUUAUUGAGCAUUGCUUAAUUUGUAAAUCUGAUGAAAUCUUAGAAUCUCUUUUGAAAACUUUAGACAAUAGAAAAAAGUCAAAAUAAUGCAAUCAUUGUCUGCUGCUUUCCUUAUUGAAAUUAACUGAGUUGUUAUAAUUUGUAAAUGUCUUUGGAAUCUGUAUUGCAAACUUUUGCUUGAAAUUAUAAAUUUCUUAGCGUAA